UCAUAUUCACCGAUGGGUCACGACCGAAGUCUAGAGGCUGGGAUACUGCCUAUGACCGGAGCACGAUCGAAUGUGACGCAUCGGGGCCACAACCAAGUGGUACAGUGUUGGCUCACAAGUGGCACUGGAACAGCCCCACCGAAUGAGUCGAGGCCUCGUGGGAUGCUUUCGGUGCGCGGGUACAAAGGAAAGGGGAAUAUAUUGGGUUUGCAGAAAACGACUUCAACGAUAGAUUUUAAAAGCUUAAAUAAAAGCCGAUUGCGCCCCUACGAUAAGGGAUGGGACGACCGUGAUGAGAUGCUAGGAAUGCCAACCUGCGCUGAAAUCGCAUGGCACAGUGGCGCCAUAUUAGUUGAGAUUAUUGUUGUAUGUAUCAAUGUGUUGGGAAGUAGUCGAAGUACUUGUGGAGGCCAAUUUAUUCACCAACGGGUAAUCACCCCGACUAGUGGUGACCGGAGCACGAUCGAAUAUGACAUGGCACAACAAGUAGAACAAGUAUUGGGUCCACAAGCGCCACGAAAACAGCCUCACCGCCAACUUGAAUGGGUCGAGGCAACAUGGGAUGGUCGCGACACGCGUACAGUGGGGCCCUGGAGCUUUCAGGGCGCAGUCUAGAGAGCGGCGCUUGAUCAAAAGGAAAGGGAAGUUGGGGUUGGGUUCCGAAAACGAUAGCUGAAAAAUGACAAGCUUUGACGCACAGCCGACACCCACUUGCCUGCAUCCUAAGAGCUCAAUUAAAAGCUGAUCACUCCCCUUGAGGAACGGGAUGACCGUCGUGAAACGUCG